AUGUCCGCGCACUUCCAAGAGGAGCAGGCGUUCCCGGACGAGUGCGCCAACUGCGGCGGAAGGGAGGACCUCGCGCUGUGCUCGCGAUGCCACAGCGCGCACUUUUGCUCGCGGAAGUGCCAGAAGGCGUACUGGCCGUUCCACAAGGAGUGGUGCAAGCGGAACGACUUCGCGGAUCACGUGGAGAAGACGCAGCCGAAGUUCGCGCGAUUCCUGCGGAAGCACGGGAAGCAGGCGGUCCUGAAAGACGACGAGGUCGAUCGCGUCGAGCGCAAGGUGGUCAGCGUAGCUGACAUGUACGGCGACGCCAACCCCAAGCCGAAGCCGCCGAACUUCGACGCGGAGGACAUGCGAAAGAUGAAACUCGCCGACGAGCGUCGCUUGAUGGCGCUUCGCGACGCGGACCGUCACACCGUCGCCGCGCGCGUCGCCGGCGGCGCCGUCGCCGGCGCCGCCGCGAUCGCGUGGGGAGAGAUCGAAGUCGCGGAGGGCCUCGGCGUGGACGACGACGCCGGCCUGGGGAUGAAGUGGCGGCAGAAUCAGACGUUCGUGGAGGUUUUCGUGUUGCUUCCGACGGGGUGCCCGGGCUCGCGCGUGGACGUGAAGCUCGAGACGGACCGCAUCAGGGUCACCGUCAAAGGUGCGCGCGCGCGUCGCCCACCAAUCACAUUCGCGCUUUCCUUCCCGUCCACCAAUCACGUGGCACGACGCCCGCCGCGUCGGUCGUUGACGCCUUCUUACUCGCCGACCGCGACAGGCGAAGACGUCAUCCGCGGCGAGCUGUACGCGCCGAUCAAAGCCGAGGCGUCGACGUGGUUGAUCGCCGACGGCGUCCUCGAGCUCUCCCUGCUGAAGCGCAACCGCAGAGGGAACUACGAGAACGGCUCGAACAACGCGGAGACGUUCUGGUUCUCCGUCGUGCGAGAAGACGGCGGACGGAGGGACGACGCCGCCGGCGACGCGCCGAGCGGUUAUGGGCGCCCCGCGAUCGGCCCGCCGCGCGUCGCGUCGAGCUACCCGCCGAACGAGUACUACGAGGUGCGUCUCGUCUCGUUUUUCGCCUUUCGCGCGCCCCCGCCGCUCGGUUUCAACGCGCGUCGAUCGAUCGCGUCGGUCCCCCUUUCGACUGACCCUUUCCGCCGACCGCCAGAGCGCCCACGUCGCCGCGCCGGAGGGCGACGGGCCCGGGUACAAGGGGCGGGCGAGCUCGAACCGGCCGAUGAUCAAGAACAAGCCGAACUAGGAGAGCGCGACGCGACGCGGCGGGAUGGGGACGGGCGGAAGAGAUCGAUGAGUGGAUGA